UCAGAGGUCAACUGUGUCAUGUGACUGAGUCAACAUGGCAGACGACACGAUAACAGACGACAGAUCUUGAGUCGAGUCUGUCAAUUAUUUUGGUGUCUCUUAUCUGAGUAAGAGGAGGUCUGCACAAUCGAUAUGGACACAGCGGAGCUGUACAACUAUGCAGUUGAGGAAAUCAGGUCAAGAGAUUUUCCAACGCUUGCAGGACUGACCUACGUGGACCAUGCUGGAGCCACACUGUACGCCAAGAGCCAGAUGACUGCAGUCCACGAGGACCUGGUCUCGCAUCUGUACGGAAACCCACACAGUUCGUCAGCUUCCAGCCGCUUCUGUACAGACGCCAUUGACCAGACCAGAUUCAGAAUCCUUCGUUUCUUCAACACGGAUCCUGACACGUACAGCGUGGUCUUCACGAGCGGCUGCACAGGUGCGCUGAAACUCGUCGCCGAGACCUUUAACUUCUCCAGGCCACGGCAAGCCCUCGCAGGGCGGCGACACAGCCGAGGGAAACCUGGGAGAUGCGAACCACCAAGCGGAACCUCUCGCUACCGCUCAGACUACUGCGUCACGUGUUCAUGACCGUUCGGCUUCAGGUGGGAACAAGGAAUUCGCUGCAGAAAACCAUAAAAAGAAACAGCUUCAAGGCAGGAGCAAGGAAUAUGUUCUCCUGAAAGAGACUCCGGAAGGAGGAGAGAAGCAAGGCUACUUUUGCUACUUGCAGGACAAUCACACUUCGGUACAGGGCAUGCGCGAACUGGCAGCGGCCGGCAGGUGUCGGGGCAUUCUGUGUCUGACGGAAGCGGAAGUUCAGCAAGGCCUGGCGGACGAAAGCCUCGUCUGGGGAUCACUCGAGGCGCCCUCUGCCGGCGGAAGCAGCCUCUUCGUCUUCCCAGGCCAGUCCAACUACUCCGGAAGGAAAUACCCGCUGGAGUGGGUGGGAUGGGCGCAGAAGGGGGAUCUGGCCUUCCAGAGAAGCCUGGUGGCUGAGAAAUGGUUUGUGGUUCUAGAUGCCGCCUGCCUCGUCUCGACCAGUCCUCUCGACCUGUCGCUUGUCCGGCCCGACUUCGUGACAUUGUCCUUCUACAAAAUGUUCGGCUUCCCAACCGGUCUGGGAGCGUUGCUCGUUCGAAACUCGAGUGCCUGGGUGUUGGAGAAGAAGUAUUUCGGAGGAGGGACAGUGGCAGCCAGCUCAGCCCGAGAGAGGUUUUGCGUCCUUCGAGCAGGCGUUUGCGACAGAUUUGAAGACGGCACGUUGCCCUAUCUGGACAUCAUCGCCUACCAUGGCUUCAGGGCCCUCGACAGUUUAGGAGGUGGAAUGGAGGCAAUCUCCGCACACACAUUCACUAUUGCCCACUUCUUCGCAACCAACCUAAGCAGGCUUCACCAUAGUAACGGUACCGCCAUCGCGGAAAUUUAUUCGGCGGAUGGAUUCCAGGACAGAAGCAAGCAAGGUGCCAUCGUCAACUUUAACCUCAGGCGAGCUAACGGGGACUACAUUGGCUUCGCGGAGGUGGACAAGCUGGCGCAGCUGCACGACAUCCACCUGAGGACCGGGUGCUUCUGCAAUAUCGGCGCGUGUCAGAUGUUUCUCAACAUCACCUCGGAGACUAUUCAAGACAACCUCAAGGCGGGUCACGUGUGUGGCGAUGACGUGGAUUUAGUCAACGGACGUCCCACCGGAUCAGUCCGCGUUUCCUUUGGCUACAUGUCUUCGCUGACGGAUGCUAUCCGCUGUCUCAACUUCAUGGUCGACUGCUUUCUGGACACGAGUGGUUGCCCUAUGCCAGUGAUUACCUUCCCCGACUGGUACCUGCUGAGUCAGAUGCCAGACAAAGGACGAGCCCUCACGAGUGCCUUGACGGAGGGAAGUGUCCACCUGCAAGGUAACAACUUAAAGGAAGUUUGGAAGACUCUAAGACAAAAUGGCGGCGCCUUGAAAACCAGCGACUUUCCAGUCGUUUCUCGACCUCUGCCGGAACAUUCUGCUGACAUGGCAUGUUCUGAAAAAGUCCGUCGGCUGACCGACAUUUUUCUGUAUCCCAUCAAAUCCUGUGGAGCCUUCAGGGUAAGUGAGUGGCAGACUGGCCCGCGAGGCCUGCUGUAUGACAGGACCUGGAUGGUGGUGAGCGACAACGGCAUCGCCCUGGGACAGAAGCGAGAACCGCGCCUGUGCUUGCUUGCCCCUGUCAUCCACCUUGAUAGCGGCAAGCUGGAGUUGUCUUUCCCUGGGACGGAGUCGUGCUACAUAGGUCUGGACACGUAUGAAACAGAUGAGGUGAACAAUACCAGUAUCUGCACCAACAAAAUUUGCAACGACAAAGUGAACACAGUGGACUGCGGAGAAGCGGUGGCGCAGUGGCUGUGUGAGACGUUGGAAAGACCGGGGCUGCGUCUGUUGCGGCAACUGCACGAUGACAGUCGACACAGCAAACGCAAGGACGUGGCAGCAGGAGAUACAGCGCCGGACGCGGCCACGUCACCUGGACUGUCGUUGGCCAACGAGGCGCAGUUCCUGCUGAUUUCUAGAGAGAGCGUGCGGUCACUGCAAAAGAAGCUUGUCGAGCAGCAGGAUGACGAUCUUCGUGAGGUCAAAGGUCAGAAAAGCGGAGCUCAGGCUUUCAGUGAGCAGAACUUAGUACAACGCUUCAGGGCCAACCUGGUGAUUGACGGUGGUCUGCCCUUUGACGAGGAGUCGUGGACGUCUGUUUCUUGUGGUGAUGUUGCCCUCGUUAGUCAAGGGAAGUGCAGUCGCUGUGGAAUGGUCUGCUUGGACCAAAACACAGGGGAGAAAACAAGCGAGCCUUUGAGAACCUCGCAGCUUGGAGAGGCGGAAAGGUUUAUUUUGGUGUAUACCUGAGAUCAGCCGAAUCAGAUGUCGAGCAAGUUCUUCGUGUUGGCUCGGAAGUGUUUGUCGCCUGAACACCUCAUCACAGACUUCAGUGUCCAUUUUCGGAGAGCUGACAAUCGCCGUUGUUCUCAACCGUUUUGUGCCUUCAGAUAACCGCCAAAUAUCGCAGAUUACAAUUUUUUAUAGAAGUUUUGUACCUUCGAAUUCAAGAUUUGGAUUAUAUUUUUACCAUUAUGUGAGAUAUCAUCUAGUGAGGGUUUUUUUCCUCGUGGUUGAGUCACAUGACAGCGUUCUCUUGUAACGCAUUUGCGUGUAUCCUAUGCUAAAACAGACUUUCUUUCUCUGUUCUUUCGUGAUCACGUGCGCACCCGGGCAUUCAUAUAUAAUAUUGCAUGCACGUGUGUAAUCGAGCCAGUAUGUGAUGUACUUUAUACUUGUGAUGAAAUCUGAUUUUAUCUUUUUUACAACCAAAAUUUAAAAUUUGUUUAAAGAUCUGGCAUUGACUGCAGGUUAUUGAAGCAUUUGCUAGUUUUUCUAGCUUGUGAUCCGCAUUUUUGUACUUUCUGUCUCUUGCUCAAAUAAUUAUGAGAAAUUUGUCGACAGUGACUCCACCUCUUUUAUUUAUAUAUUUAUAUAAAAUUUAUUUACAAUGAACGUUUCGAAGCCUGAUUUUACUGUAACUGAUUCUGUUCUGUAUUCCGCGAUAAGUGCCACCGGAAACAGGGUUUAUAAAUGUAGAUCACCGAUGUCUGUAACACUUGAGGCAGGGACUGUUGUGUGUCCAUUUGACUUUUAGGUCGCAUGUACGUGGAUAUUUGUAUACUAGAUAUAAGUUGGAAAUAAGUCCGCUGUAAGUUUUCCUCGAGAUUACAAUAGUACCAGGGAGUUUUAUCGUGUGUUGAAAGAGCGACUACUGUGUAGGCAGCAUAAUCCCCAUGUUCUUGCUUUUGCAAGCGUGUUAAAUAUAGCAAAUAGAGUAAAAUAUCCAAGAUAAAAUUUUUAUAAACAUAUGACUUGAAGAGAUAAAUAUCGUUGGUCACGAGUUUUGACAACAAACCUUUUCUUACUAUUUUCAUGCAGUCUUUCACGCAGGAGUGAUACAGGUGUUUGGUUUUGUUGGCAUGUGCUGUUAUCUCCCUUUUCACUACAUUUUCUUACAUUCCUUUCAUUUUUCUUGUCUUUCUUUUUGUUUCUUCUUCUCCCCGGUGUUUAUGAGUAGGCAUCUUAAUAGUGAUAAUGAUACACUUUUACUUAAUGACUAUUAUUAUGCAUAUCUGUGACAAGGACAUCGAAUAAAGUAUGUGUAGCAUCAGUGCCAGUAAAAUAAAAUAUGAAUCUUCUUA